UUAUCAUGGCGGCGGACGAGAGAGCUCCGCUGCUGAAGUUCUCGGAAGAGGACGAUUAUGAUGGACCUCGGAAUAGAAAAACUAACUACCGCCUUCCUUCACAGUUUCCCGGACUUGGUGACCCUGCGGACGACUUCAUAUUGCCUCUGCCACUGAGCGAAACGGAUCACAUCGUUUGUGUUUUUGUUGUGACGUUUGAUACGCGAUCAGGAAACAUGAUUGAAUGGUGCAUGCCAGAGGAUUUUGACCUUGAUGGAGUGGAGUUCAAGGCCAUGGUCAGCGGAUCACAUACCAUGACAAAGGAUUUUGUGUAUUUCCGAAUGGAAAAUCUUUAUGGUUUGGCCUGUUUUGAAAACAUGCCAGUGGAAAGCGAGAUAGAGCGGGGAGCCAGGAUGAAAUCUGUGGGCAUUCUGUCAACAUCUUACACACUACUGUAUAGACACAUGCAAUUCUUAGAAACACAAGUUAGGCACCAACUAGAGACACCAGGUAACUACUCACAGCUGCAUGCGUUUUACCAGGAUAAAAAGGGAACCCUAACAAGUGACAGUGCGAUCAGUGGAAUGUCGUCCUCUAACUCCUCCCCCUCCACACCCAGUAGAGAUCUCCCAGAAAUGAAGAUAACGCACCCGGCUGGUUGCUUUUCACAAUUUAUAAAAUUUUUUGGUGAGAGUAUAUUUGUGCUAUGGAAGUUUGCUCUACUACAACGAAGGCUGCUGUUUUUUUCUCCUCCUCCUAUUGGAGUUGUGUGUUAUAGGGUGUAUUGUGCAUGUUGUCUAGCUAACCGUGAUAUCCCCGGCCUGGGACAUGACAUGAAGCCUCAUUUCUAUGUCAACAUUGCAGAUAUAGAAACAUUGGAAUCUGAAGUAGCAUAUAUAGCUUGUACAACAGAAAAGAUCUUUGAGAUGAAAACGUGUCUAUAUGACGUCUAUAUAGACAACCAGAUUAUAAAGACACAUUCCCCUAUCCUCAAGGACAUGCUGAAGGUCAGUGAAGCUGACCGUGACAAGUAUGCCAAGCUGAACAAUCAAAGGUCUGCCCACCAAUUCUCCUAUGAAGAGCUCGGAGAGGAAGCCUGCAAUGAAGAAGAACUCUUUACCAUGUUUUUCACAGAAUUAAACAACCGACUAUUCCAGACUCUUUUAGACGUGUCAAUGUCACAGGACCGUCAACUCACAUCAGAGCACAUGAAAAGCAUGGGCCUUGACCCAUAUGGAGAUCGCUCCUUCCUCAUGGAACUUGUUGAACACUAUGGCAUUGACGUUGUUUUAAUGGUUGACAACCCUUGUUGUCCCAAGUGAAUGUAAUGGGUGCUUCCACAAUUUUCCUUUGCGUUUUUCAUGGACAUUGAUUAGUGAAACACUGUGAAUGUGGGUGUGUGAGACAGGAUAUCCUUGGACAAGCCGAUGAAAGACUUUCUUUUCCAAUGAAUGGGUCUGUGACAAAAGGUGGUCAUGGUGUGGGAUAUUGUUGCCAUGUUGCUAUGUGGUUGCUAUGGGAACUAAAAGUUUAAGAAAAGGGAAACCAGGGUUUCUAUUAAUGUGUCUUUCUGUAAUGGAUUUUCACAAUCCAUUUCAUCUUUUAUCUACAAGAUUGUUAAUGAUACUUUUCUUUGUUAAAUCCUUUAUUUAAACUUAGAAAUGUUAAUAGAAUAUACAUGUAUUAAA